GAGAGAAAAUAAAAGGAAGAAGAAAAGCAAAAGCUGCAUCGUCUUCACACGCUUUGGAUUUUCUCUAUUCAUAUUUCUCUCUCAUGUGUCGAAGAGACCACCACCACCAUCAUUUCCUCUCUCUCUCUCUCUCUUUCUCUCUCUCUUUCUCUCUAAACCUCUGAACAUUUUGAGGGUUUGAGCUUUGAUUUCGCACUAUCGACUCACUUUUAUCUUUACAAUAUCUGAAGAUCUUCGCCGAUUCUUCAUCAUUUCCUCAAAUUUUCACUUUUUCUGGUUGUGUUGUCGGCAAAUUUAAUAGGGUUUUGCGAUCUUGUUGCAGAGGUAGAUCGAUCGCAGAGGUGAGGUACUUCACCGUUUACUUGAACUUGAACGAGGCUAAAAAUUCUCUUACUUGAAGAGCAUUGCGAAGUGAGUUGAAGUCUGAGAUAGGUUGAAGAAAUUGAGACAAUUUUACAGUGUUUGGACUCUGAAAUUAUAGGGCUUUGUGGGAAUUUUGUGAAAGUUUUGGGUAUAAUUUCUGUUAAAGUGAUUACUCGUUCAAAGUUGUGUGACUUGGGAGUUUAACAUCAUUGCCAGACAUCUGUUGUGGAUUGUUUCCAAAUUGGGUUAGUUUUGGUGUUGAUAUUGUCGUUGGCGAUUGAUCAAUGAACAGCACUACAGUCUGUUUCGCAAAUUAUGGUCCCCUCCAUUAGGGUUGGCAGAUAAGUCGUGGGUCCUUGUUAAAGUUUGAUUUCUUUUUUUUGGGGAAAAAGGUUAGCUUUUUGAUCUCCCUAAUCUUUAUCCUGUUGGGUCUGGUGAAGCUCAUUCACGCAACCCCUUAGAGCAUAUGUCGCAGAAAAUUCCGGUAUCUCCUUCCCUCCAGGCAAUAAAAUCGUUGCCUGUGGACUUCAGAUUUAUGGGUUCACCAACCCCUCGUCCUUCUGAGAGCUUUGAUGCUGUGAAUCCAAGCAACAGUAACAUGAUCCCCAAUGCCAUUCCUGAAAACGGUGAUGUAGCGCGUGAGGUUGUUGAGGGCAGCGAGGAAGUUAAUAACAACAUGGUUCCAGAUAAUGAUGAAUCACCUUAUAGUAGAUUUAAUGUAACUGUUGAGGCCAGGCCAUCUGUGGGAGAUGAGGAUCUGGAUUUGGCAACUACUCCUUUACGACCGUUUGCCCCAUUGCGUACUGAAUCCAAGUGGAGUGACACCACCCCAUAUUCUGCAAAGAAGAAGCUUCAAUCUUGGAUUCAACUUUCUAAUGGGAACUGGGAGCUGGGGAAGGUACUAUCAACUUCAGGGACUGAAUCUGUUGUAUCACUAUCUGAGGGAAAAGUUUUGAAGGUAAAUUCUGAAAGUCUGUUACCUGCGAAUCCUGAUAUUCUGGAUGGUGUAGAUGAUCUGAUGCAACUAAGUUAUCUUAAUGAACCUUCAGUAUUGUACAAUCUUCAGUAUAGAUACAAUCAGGGUGUUAUUUAUACAAAAGCAGGACCUGUGUUGGUUGCCAUUAAUCCCUUCAAGAAAGUCCGUUUGUAUGGAGAUAAUUAUAUUGAAGCAUAUAAGCGCAAAUCUACUGAGAGCCCACAUGUGUAUGCAAUCACAGAUACAGCCAUUCGGGAAAUGAGACGAGAUGAAGUAAAUCAAUCUAUCAUCAUAAGUGGUGAAAGUGGAGCAGGAAAGACUGAGACGGCAAAGAUAGCAAUGCAAUAUUUGGCUGCACUUGGAGGUGGUAGUGGAAUAGAAUAUGAAAUAUUGAAAACAAAUCCGAUUUUAGAGGCCUUUGGUAAUGCAAAAACAUCAAGAAAUGACAACUCAAGUCGAUUUGGAAAGCUGAUUGAAAUUCACUUCAGUGAAACUGGAAAAAUAUCGGGUGCCAUGAUUCAAACUUUUUUACUUGAGAAGUCUAGAGUAGUCCAAUGUGCGGAAGGGGAAAGGUCAUAUCAUAUAUUUUAUCAACUUUGUGCUGGAGCUCCACUUGCCCUUGGAGAGAAGUUGAAUUUGAAAAGUGCAAAUGAAUAUAAAUACUUGAGGCAAAGCAAUUGCUAUUCAAUUUCUGGGCUUGAUGAUGCUGAACAGUUUCGCAUUGUAAUGGAAGCUCUGGAUAUUGUUCAUGUUAGCAAAGAGGAUCAAGAAAGUGUAUUUAAAAUGCUCACUGCAGUUUUGUGGUUGGGGAAUGUCUCCUUUAUAGUGAUUGAUAAUGAAAACCAUGUUGAACCUGUGGCGGAUGAAGGUCUAACCACUGUUGCUAAUUUGAUUGAGUGUACUGUUGCUGAAUUAAAGCUAGCUUUAUCAACUCGCAAAAUGAGAGUUGGGAAUGAUACUAUUGUUCAAAAGCUAACUCAAUCUCAGGCCAUUGACACAAGAGAUGCUUUAGCAAAAUCAAUAUAUUCUUGUUUGUUUGACUGGCUGGUCGAGCAAAUUAACAAGUCUCUUGCAGUGGGCAAACGUCGUACUGGAAGAUCCAUCAGUAUUCUUGAUAUAUAUGGCUUUGAAUCAUUUGAUAGUAAUAGUUUUGAGCAAUUUUGCAUAAAUUAUGCAAAUGAGAGAUUGCAGCAACACUUCAAUCGUCACUUAUUUAAGUUAGAGCAGGAGGAAUAUAUCCAAGAUGGCAUUGAUUGGGCCAGAGUUGAUUUUGAAGACAACCAAGACUGUUUGAAUCUUUUUGAAAAGAAACCAUUGGGGUUAUUGUCUCUGUUAGAUGAAGAGUCUACCUUCCCAAAUGGUACAGAUUUGACGUUUGCCAACAAGCUUAAGCAGCAUCUAAAUUCCAAUUCUUGUUUUAGGGGAGAACGGGGCAAAGCUUUUAGUGUUUCCCAUUAUGCUGGCGAGGUUAUGUAUGACACAAGUGGGUUUCUGGAGAAGAAUCGUGAUUUAUUACACUUGGAUACCAUUCAACUAUUAUCCUCUUGCAAAUGCCACCUUCCUCAGGUAUUUGCAUCGUCUUUGCUUGCUCAAUCUGAGAAGCCUGUUGUUGGUGCACUAUAUAAAUCAGGUGGAGCAGACUCCCAAAAGUUAAGUGUUGCAGCAAAAUUUAAGGGCCAAUUGUUCCAAUUAAUGCAACGUUUAGAGAGUACAACACCACAUUUCAUUCGUUGUAUCAAACCCAACAACGUUCAAUCUCCUGGAAUGUAUGAACAAGAACUUGUGCUGCAGCAGCUAAGAUGCUGUGGGGUCCUAGAAGUUGUUCGAAUAUCAAGAUCUGGCUUUCCUACCAGGAUGACUCAUCAAAAGUUUGCCAGAAGGUAUGGUUUUCUUUUACUGGACAAUGUUGCAUCGCAAGACCCACUAAGUGUUUCAGUUGCAAUUCUUCAUCAGUUCAAUAUUUUGCCUGAGAUGUAUCAAGUUGGCUACACAAAAUUGUUUUUCCGCACUGGCCAGAUUGGUGUGCUGGAGGAUACAAGAAACUGUACUCUCCAUGGUAUCUUACGCGUUCAAAGCUGUUUUAGAGGUCACCAAGCUCGUCGUUACCUCAAGGAACUGAAGAGGGGAAUUGCCACCCUUCAAUCAUUUGUCCGAGGUAAGAAAACUAGGAAAGAAUAUGCAGUCCUGCUACAGAAGCAUAGAGCUGCUGUGAUCAUACAAAAGCAAGUGAAAAGCAGGAUUGACAGAAAAAGAUUUGUAGAUGUUUGUGAUGCAUCAAUUCGAAUACAAUCAGUUAUUCGGGGCUGGUUAGUUAGAAGAUGCUCAGGAGACAUAGCAUUACUGCAAUUUGGUGGCAGAAAGGGUAAUGAGUCAGAUGAGGUGUUGGUGAAGUCAUCGUUCCUUGCUGAGCUACAACGCCGAGUUCUUAAAGCCGAGGCAGCUCUAAGAGAGAAAGAAGAGGAGAACGAUAUCCUCCACCAACGGCUCCAACAGUAUGAGAAUCGAUGGUCCGAAUACGAGUUGAAAAUGAAGUCCAUGGAAGAAGUCUGGCAGAAACAAAUGAGAUCGCUCCAGUCCAGCCUUUCCAUUGCGAAGAAGAGCCUUGCGAUUGAGGAUUCCGAGAGAAAUUCUGACGCAUCAGUCAACCUCAAUGAUGACAGCUGGGAGACUGGAAGCAACUUCAGGGGUCCUGAGAACAAUGGGCUGAGACCGAUGAGUGCGGGCCUGAGUGUGAUAAGUCGGUUGGCUGAAGAAUUUGAACAGAGGAGUCAAGUGUUCGGUGAUGAUGCUAAGUUCUUGGUGGAGGUAAAGUCGGGUCAGGUCGAGGCAAAUUUGAACCCGGAUCGUGAGCUUCGGAGAUUGAAACAGAUGUUUGAAGCGUGGAAGAAGGAUUAUGGGACAAGACUAAGGGAAACAAAGGUAAUUCUGAACAAGCUUGGAAGCGAAGAAGGGGUUAGUGAUAAGGCUAGAAAGAAGUGGUGGGGAAGAAGGAAUAGCUCGCGGAUAAAUUAAAAUCAGUAGUACAUCCAUACUUUUUACUGAGGUUGCAACUGUGUCAUUGUAUGCCUCUUUCGUGGCUUUUGAUUUUGCAUUAAGUUCCAAGAAUUGAUGUGUACCACGAUAGAUGAGUGGGUGCACAUUGAAGAAUCCUAGCGAUUCAAAUAUGUAUAUCAUUUUUUAUUUUUAUUUUUAUUUUUAUUUAAAAAAAAAAAAAUUGUGUCGUGUGAGCUCGGGGUGGGAUGAGCAGUUUUGUGACUCUUCCUGGCUAGUAAGGCUGGUCCGGUUUGUAAAAGAUUUCAAUCUAUUUGUGUAGAAAAUCAAGAUAUAUAUAGUUGGUCAAUGAUAUCAUUUGUUUUGAA